UUAAACGUCCCAUUUGUCGAAGCCCUGAGGACGCCCAGGCCCGGGAGCGGUUUGGCCAUUUUCGCUGAACAUCUUGACCGGUACGCAGGUGCUUUGCUGGUGUGUUCGGUGCGCGCAGGCAAAGUUUGAAGGAAGUGCCCCGGGUACCCGGGACUCGGGUUCGGUUUAGGUUUGCUCAGGUGCCGGUACCGUAUCCGGUUCAAGUUUUUUGGUGGGUUUUAGGAGGUUGUAGGACUUUCGUCGAUCGAUGCAGUGUUACGGAGAGCGUGCAGGCUUUAUAUCGUUUUUUUUUUUGGGGGAGGAAUCGUAUCCGGAUCGAACGUAGUACGAACCUACCGCUGCACGCGAUAGAGGGCCUGCCCGUUUCGGUGAAGCAUUUCGUUUAAUUAAAUUAGAAAAAAAGGACAAUAAUCAAGUUGCGAGAGAACACGCGUGCAGAAACUUGGGGAAGUUGUUGAGCCACUCGAUCAAAGCUGUAACGAACUGGCAGCAUCGUUCUCGGGCUGAAUUAGUGUCGAAGGCAAUCGGUGUCAGUCAGACCGUCCGCCUAACCGAUGACGGAUGGGUCAAGAAAUGUGAGCAAUAACCGGGCCAUACAGUGAAGUUUCGAAGUGUCGAUCAGGCUUUGAGAAACAGAUAGGGCAGUAGUAGUAACAGCAGCAGCAGCAGCAGCUACAGCAACACAGCAGCAAAUCUUCUCCGUUUACGUUGUCGACAUCCGGGUGCAUUAGUGGGGGCUUGCGCAUUUUGCGUAUGUGUGGGCGUGUGAGAACACGCCCCCCAACCGUGACCAAUCUCAAUACAACAAUCACACACGAUGAGGAAGUCAACAGAGUCGCGGGAAAAUCUCGUCAACUCGAGGGUAUCGCUGGAGGAUGGCACUACCGAGCCGCUGGACGAUCAUCCUUCAACGCUCCGUUCGCUGAAGAGUGCCGCGUCCGAGUUUGACCUCGAUAUCCAGGAUAUAGUGCUGACGAAAACUGAGAAGCGCUUCCUGCUCAGUGCGGAACGGGGUGAUUGCGCAACCGUCAGAAGAAUCAUCCAAGAAAACAGGGAACAACCGGAGGAGUUUGACAUUAACUGUGUCGAUCCGCUGAACCGUUCCGCCCUGAUUGCGGCCAUCGAAAACGAGAAUAUCGAGCUGAUCAAUCUGCUGCUACGGGAAGGUAUCAAAGUCAAGGAUGCGCUGCUGCACGCCAUUAAGGAGGAGUACGUCGAGGCGGUCGAAACGCUGCUACUGUGGGAGGAGGAAAACCAUGUACCGGGCGAACCCUACAGCUGGGAAGCAGUGGACCGGUGCUCGUCAUCCUUCACCGCCGACAUCACACCCCUGAUACUGGCGGCUCACAAAAACAAUUAUGAAAUUCUGAAAAUUCUGCUCGACCGUGGUGCCACACUGCCGAUGCCGCACGACGUUCGGUGUGGCUGUGAUGAGUGUGUUACCUCGAGCGAACAGGACUCCCUACGCCAUUCGCAGUCGCGCAUCAACGCGUACAAGGCCCUUUCGUCCAGCUCCCUGAUAGCGCUCAGCUCAAAGGAUCCCAUAUCGACGGCAUUCCAUCUGUCGUGGGAGUUGCGGCGGCUCAGCCGUAUGGAGACGGAGUUCCGGGCUGAGUACUCGCAAAUGCGUCUUGCGGUGCAAGAAUUCGCAACGGCACUGCUCGACCAUGCUCGCACCUCGAACGAACUGGAGAUCAUGCUCAACUAUAGCCCCGGUGCGGUCGAUAACUGGGAACCGGGUGAACGGCAAACGCUCGAACGGUUGAAGCUUGCCCUAAACCACAAGCAAAAAAUGUUCGUCGCACACCCGAACGUACAGCAGCUGUUGGCGGCUAUCUGGUACGAGGGCCUGCCCGGAUUCCGUCGCAAAUCCUUCAUCGGACAGAUCAUGCAGGUGGCCAAGCUGGGCACUAUGUUUCCGGUGUACAGUAUGAUCUACAUGAUCGCACCCAACUCGGAAAUGGGCCUGUUUAUGAAGAAACCGUUCGUGAAGUUUAUCGUACAUUCCGCAAGUUACGCGUUCUUUCUAAUGCUCCUUGGUGGUGCUUCCCAACGAGUGGAGUAUCUCGCUAUCGAAUGGUUUGGACCGGACUGGGCACAGGAUAUACUGGCGGAAUGGAAACGCAAGGAACGUGGCUCACUACCGGGAAUGUUUGAAUGUCUGGUGAUACUGUACAUUAUAAGUUUGAUAUGGCAUGAGAUGAAGUCACUGUGGAACGAUGGACUGAUGGAGUACGUGUCCGAUCUGUGGAACAUCGUCGACUUCAUCUCGAACACGUUCUACAUCGUGUGGAUGAGUCUGCGCUUCACCUCCUGGUAUACGGUUUGGCGUGACGCAAAAGCUGGCCUUAAUCCGUGGUAUCCGCGCGAGCAGUGGGACCAGUUCGAUCCGAUGCUACUCUCCGAGGGUGCGUUCGCUGCCGGGAUGAUCUUUUCCUUCCUCAAGCUGGUGCACAUCUUCUCGAUCAAUCCCCAUCUCGGACCGCUACAGGUGUCGCUCGGUCGAAUGAUAAUCGACAUCAUCAAGUUCUUCUUCAUCUACACGCUGGUACUGUUUGCGUUCGGCUGCGGGCUAAACCAGCUGCUCUGGUACUACGCGGUGCUGGAGAAGAACAAGUGCUACCAUCUGCCGAACGGGUUGCCGGACUUUGACAAUAAUGAAAAGGCGUGCGCUAUAUGGAGACGGUUUGCGAAUCUCUUCGAAACGUCCCAAUCACUGUUCUGGGCAUCGUUCGGGUUGGUCGAUCUGAUGGCGUUCGAGCUGAGUGGCAUCAAGAGCUUCACACGGUUCUGGGCACUGCUGAUGUUCGGUUCGUACAGUGUGAUCAACAUUAUCGUACUGCUGAAUAUGCUGAUUGCCAUGAUGAGCAACUCUUACCAGAUUAUUUCGGAACGUUCCGACAGCGAGUGGAAGUUUGCCCGAUCACGGUUGUGGAUGAGUUACUUCGAGGAUGGUGAUACUCUACCACCACCAUUCAAUCUGUUUCCCUCCAUCAAAAACUUUACCAACUUAUGCAAAUGUUCCAGCGAUAAACGUUCCACCACGAGCAUUAUUAAACGGAACAGGGAGAAAGCCCAGCGGCGGCACGAGAAUGUUAUGAAGCUGCUCGUACGGCGUUACGUCACGGCGGAGCAGCGCAAGCGGGAUGACUUCGGUAUUACCGAGGACGAUGUGAUGGAGAUCCGGCAGGAUAUUAGCACGCUGCGGUACGAGCUGAUCGAUAUUCUGCACCAGAAUGGCAUGCGUACACCAAAUUUGAAACCGAACGAGAAUGCUAUUGCCGGCAAGAAGGGACGCGUGAUGGAGCGUCGAAUUUUGAAAGACUUCCAGAUCGGGUUCGUGGAAGGUAUACUGCAGGAUACGUUUAGUACACCCAGCGAAAAGCCAGCUGACGUCUUCAGUACCAUUGCGAAGGCAAUCGGGAACAAGUCAAGCACCAAGAAAAAGAAGCCCGAGGAUUGGAAUGCGUUGGUGCGCCGCAGUACGGUGGCUCGCGAUCCGAUAGGCAACUCAACGGAGGCAAUUAUGCGCCGCAGUCGGCAAAGUUUGCGCAAGCAGAUACUGGACAAUUCGGCACAGGGUCUCGAGAUGGAUACGGACCAUUUGGUCGAGUACAACCCGAAGCUGUCGGAGGUGACGCCGGUAACGCGCGUUGCGUACGUGAAGUUCAUGACGACCAAGAUGAAGAAGGAUGCGGCGGAUGUGGCGGCCAGUGGUAGCGAGACGACUUCGUUUGAGAACGAACGCCGCCAGUCGUGGAAGCGCAGCUCGCUGAAGAACUUGGUUGACAUGAAGGACAAGAUAAGCAAUCUUGAUGCUGCUGGAGAUGGUGAACAACCGGCGCAGGACUCUCCAGGGGAAGAUAUACCGAAGACAACGGUAACUGUCGAGGAACCACACCAGGAAGAGACAACUGCAGCAGAACCUCUAUUCGAAGAGGUGCGGGUAGCUCCGGUUGAAUCACGACCCAAGGUUCGUGUCCGGUCACCAAUUAUUGAAGAUCCGAACGAGGAGCGCGAAGACACCCCGUCCUGUGUCAGUCCUCCACCGCCGGAACCCAUCCCCGAACGUCCCGUAUCACCGAUUCCACCCCACAGUCCACCGUUGGAGCGUCAUCCCGUACCGGAGGUUGAGCUACCUUCACCACCAACACCAGUGAAGGCGGCGGUGAAGGCAGUUGCCGCAAAACCAUCGGAAGAUGUUCCCCGCUCUCAGGAUACACUUUCGCCCACGGGAUCGACCAAGUCGACGGAAUCGCGUCCAAAGGUGGUAUCGCCCUCGUUCAAACCACCGGAACGGCUCACGCUUAGCCCGAGUCCCACCGGCACAGAUGAUAUGGGCCCGACAGCAUCGCCCUCUAAUCGUGGCAAAUCAAAGAGCACCGGCCGGAACUUGGGUGGUUGGAUCUAGAUCGUCAUAUGUGGGUGCAGCGUGUGGAUUUUGCUGCCCAAAAAGAAAAAGCUCGGUUUUUAACUACAACAGUACUGGGGGUUUUGCGUAUACGUGUAGUACCAGCGGGUUUGUUUUCUUCACACUCAUCCCAUUAUAUCUUGUACACCCUCCAAUAGCCGAAGGACUUAUUACCUCAAGGUGUUUUCAUUGCGUCCCCCCUCGUGUGUCGUUCUCCCCCGAAUUCGUUCCCGUUCGUGGUUAGCAAUCCAAAUCCGCUUAGCUCGUUAAUUAGUGAUAAUUUGUUUGUUUUCUACCUUUGAAUGGAAUAAAUAAACUGCUUUUUGCG